CAAACCCUUCCAACCCAAGACACUUUGCGCCGAAGUGAAAGAGAACGUCGUCCUCCUUCGCGACUGCGUGACUUUGUCACUCACACCAUUCAACGUCCCUCUCCUGAUUCACUCAAACCAACAACGCCUUCAGCCCAUUUAGUCCAAGCCCAAAUCCCAUUAAACCCUAUCAUCGGCUUCUGCAUUCUUCAUUAUUCUUUCAUUCCUUCUUCUUCUGAUCUUCUUCGCCGCCAUUAUCACGUCGUCGAAGAAUGGAUGAGAUUUAAUCCUUAUUUUUAGAUCUACAUCACCCUAAAGAUUAAUGGAGCCGCCUCAUCAAAGUACCACUCCUUUUCUCAUCAUCGUCAUCCACGAUUAGCUCUCUGGAUCUCUCCUGACAAAUUUCUGCUCUCAUUGGCGACGACGAGAUGAUUUGUUACUUUUGGGGGAAGAAGCCUUUCAAAGAAAAAGAAGAACAGGGCUGGGGGAGGGGCCUUUAUGUACGAAGAUGAAGAAGAGAAAGUGUAUAUGAAAGAAGAAACGAAGAAAAUUUGAAGAGAAAGAGUGGAAGGGGUGGGUAGGUGGGGGAGCUCAAAAAAUAGAAAGGAGGGUAUAUUAGUUUUUUGGAUAAAAUCAUUUUCCAAGAAAGGAAAUGGGAAGAAUCAAGUGUGACAACCUAAAAAGGAAAGUGAGGUCCUGUUUGGUAUACAGAAUUCAAACUAUGGAAUUGGAAUUGAGGAUUUUAAUUUCAAUUCUCGUAUUUGGUAGCACAAAAAUUAUGUGGAUUUGAAUUGGAAGUGCACAAAAUGAAUUGGAAUUGGUUAACUCAAUUCUGUGGAAUUGAAUCUCAUGGAAUUUUAAUUCCAAAUCAAUUUCAUCAAUUCCGUGUUCCAAACGGAUCCUGAGAAGAAAGAUAUGAGACGGAGGGAGUAUUGUUUACCCUUAAAUCGUUCUGCAUCGAGAUUGAUGUCCACUCUUUUCUAGGAAUGGUUUAUUAUCUUCAAAGAUUGUUUAGUUCUUUGUUGUGAAGAUAUAUAUAUGUUGCCAAUGCUUGUUGGCUACUAGUUUAUCGUCCGGGUCGUCACUAUGGACGAAGAAUAUGAUGUCAUCGUUCUCGGCACGGGCCUCAAAGAAUGCAUCAUCAGCGGCCUCCUCUCCGUCGACGGACUCAAGGUAUUGCACAUGGAUAAAAAUGACUAUUACGGAGGAGAGUCCAGUUCCCUUAACUUAAUCCAGCUUUGGAAGCGGUUUAGAGGAAAUGAUAAAGCUCAUGAGAGCUUAGGCGCUAGCAAAGAGUACAAUGUGGACAUGAUUCCUAAAUUCAUGAUGGCAAAUGGAGCUUUAGUGAGAGUACUUAUCCACACUAAUGUUACCAAAUAUCUCAACUUCAAAGCAGUUGAGGGUAGCUUUGUUUACAACAAAGGAAAGAUCUACAAAGUGCCGGCAACAGACGUAGAAGCGUUGAAAUCGUCAUUAAUGGGGUUGUUCGAGAAGCGCCGUGCCAGAAAGUUCUUUCUUUACGUGCAAGAUUUUGACGAGACGGACCCAAAGACUCACCAUGGGAUGGACCUCAACAAUGUCACUGCUAGAGACUUCAUUGCGAAAUAUGAACUUGAAGAGGACACAAUUGAUUUUAUUGGUCAUGCAUUGGCUCUUCAGCCCGAUGAUGCCUGUUUAGACCAGCCUGCAAUGGAGUUUGUCAAGAAAGUCAAGUUAUAUGCAGAGUCUUUAGCUCGCUUCCAAGCAGGAUCUCCAUAUAUAUACCCAAUGUAUGGACUUGGGGAACUGCCUCAGGGAUUUGCACGCCUUAGUGCGGUUUAUGGUGGAACAUACAUGCUUAACAAACCCGAGUGUAAGGUGGAAUUUGAUGCAAGCGGCAAAGCUUAUGGUGUGACAUCGGAAGGAGAAACAGCUAAAUGCAAGAAAGUUGUUUGUGAUCCAUCAUAUUUAACCCAUAAGGUCCAAAAAGUUGGAAAAGUUUCUAGAGCAAUCUGCAUAAUGAGCCAUCCAAUCCCCAACACAAAUGACUCCCAUUCUGCUCAAGUCAUCUUGCCACAAAAACAACUCGGUCGUAAAUCAGACAUGUACUUGUUCUGCUGUUCCUAUUCUCACAACAUUGCUCCCAAGGGAAAAUAUAUUGCCUUUGUUCUCACCGAAGCCGAAACCGACGAUCCAGAAACAGAACUGAAGCCGGGUGUCGACUUGCUCGGAGCUGUAGAUGAAAUAUUCUAUGAAACUUGUGACAGAUACAUGCCUGUAAAUGACUCUGCAGCAGAUAAUUGCUUCAUAUCUACUAGCUAUGAUGCAUCAACACACUUUGAGUCCACGGUACAAGAUGUGCUAGACAUGUAUACUAAAAUUACUGGAAAGGCGGUUGAUUUGUCAGUGGAUCUGAGUGCUGCAAGUGCUGGUGGUGCAAAUGAAGAUCAGCAGUAGAUUUUCUUUUUCUUUUUUAAAUGAUCAAAACAAAUUAAAAUUACAUUUGAAUUUUCAUCGCCAUUGUUUAUUGCUUUGGGGUAGUAAUUAGCAGCUCUUGGAAUGUUGCCAUUGUUUUUCUUAAGACAUGCUUUUUUCAUUAUAAAUAUUCAAUAUGUUA